AUGACUAUUCAAAAUCCCAAAGUGGAUUUUACCAUCUCGGAUGAUGAGGAUGAAAUCGAUACAGAUCUACCUCUAUCACCGAUUACUCUCGAACAAAAGAGUUUCCAGCAUCCAUUAUCCAACAUUAUAGAAAGUGAUAAUGAUAUCAUUGCUGAAGAAAAUGAAGAAGAUGAUGAACAAACUCCGACUUCAGAACUUCAACGAAUUAAUAAGGAGUAUUUAAAACCGAAUAUUGGUUUAAUUUUAUUGAUCUUUGCACAACUUUUCAAUUCUCUUAUGGUGACCUCAACAAAGGUUCUAGAGACAGAUCCCGAGGAUAAAGCAUUAGGGACGUCCAUUAAACCAUUUCAAAUCCUUUUGGUUAGAAUGGCAAUUACAUAUUUGGGGACCUUAAUUUAUAUGUAUUUGAAUCGUUCUACUAUUGAUUAUGUACCGUUUGGUGAUCCUAAAGUGAGAAAAUGGUUAAUUUUAAGAGGUUGUGUCGGGUUUUGGGGUGUCUUUGGGAUGUAUUUCUCAUUAAUGUAUUUAAGUAUCAGUGAUGCUGUGUUGAUUACAUUUUUGGCACCUACAGUGACAAUCAUCUUAGCAUGGAUAAUUUUAAGGGAAAGAUUUACCAAAGUGGAAGCCGCUGGAGCAUUAGUUUCAUUACUUGGUGUUGUCUUAAUUGUUCGUCCCACUUUCCUCUUUGGCUCUGACAUGACUACUCCAUCCGAUGUGGAAUUAGACGUUGAUUUAAAUCCAAUGAGAGAUCAGGCAGAAUCAUCUAACCCUGCCGAUCGAUUAAUGGCAUCUAUUGUUGGUUUAUGUGGUGUUCUCGGGAUGAGUAGUGUUUACAUCAUCAUUAGAUUUAUUGGUAAGAGGGCGCAUGCGAUAAUGAGUGUAAGUUACUUUUCGUUAAUCACGUUGAUCAUAUCCACAGUUUGUAUCAUUGUUAUGCCUUCCAUGAGAUUACAGUUUCCUCAUUCUUUAAAACAAUGGUUAUUAUUUGCUAAUCUUGGAUUCUGUGGAUUUUUCUUCCAGUUACUAUUGACGUUAGGUAUUCAAAAGGAACGUGCCGGGAGAGGUUCAUUGAUGUCAUACACUCAGUUAGUUUAUGCCAUCUUUUGGGAUGUAACAUUAUACAAGAAUUGGCCCAGUAUAUGGUCAUGGCUGGGGAUGAUUAUUAUUAUUGGCAGUACGCUAGUGGUAAUGAGAUUAAAGCCAAAGCAAAACAAGGAUGGGAGUCUUGUUGUGGAUGAACCCCAUGAUGAAGAAUCCACCCCAGUAAUAGUGGGAGAAAUAAGUAGAGAUGUUUCGAGUCCCGUUUUCAAAUUGGAAGAUUUUCCUAAAUCCAACGUAACAAGUAACAGUACUUCAAGCAUCCCCAUUGUUACACGUCGAUGA